ACUACAACUACCGGUCUGCAUUCAAGCGGGCUAACAUGAGCAGCACGGGGAGGAGAACAGCAACACAACAAUCAUACGUCGGGCUUUGUGUGUACAAAUAAAUGGUUUCCUGAAGGAGACGACUGGCUUCCCGCAUCCUCAGAGUUGUGCUUGGCCGCCCCCCCCCCCCCAGAGUGAGCCAUAUUCAUCUUUCACUUCACUUCAUCAUUGCACAGCACCACUGAAGCGAGGCGAGGUCGCCUGAGGAGCCUUGUUAAGAGCCGCGUUGAGCCUUGCGCUGGCGGGGCUGAGGGACGAAGCCCAGGAAGAUGGCGUCACCUUUUGUGCCUGUCCCCGUGCCGUUGGACAGAGCCUCGUCGGCAGGUAGCGGCAAGCUCAGGCGGCCUCAGCGAGCUUCGUCACUCGGCAGCGUGUCCGGCACGUUGGCCGGGGAGGACCACGGAAGGGGAUGCGGAGGCUCGGUAUCCCGGCGGCAAUCGAGAGGCAGUCGGAGCAGGACGCCGCCCCCCCUCCUCGGGCCCAGGGCGCUGGCCACGGUUAACGGGACUCUGGGACCCUCCGUAGAAUACUCCAGCUGCCCGCGCUCCAUUUCGGAUCCUGCUGGGAGCCAGCAGGGUGAGGAGAGGCCCAUUACCCCCACAGUGCUGGGGUAUGAGGUCAUGGAGGAGAGGGCCAAGUUCACGGUGUUCAAGGUCCUGGUCAAGAAGACUCCAGAUGAGAGCUGGGUGGUUUUUAGAAGGUACACAGACUUCUCCAGACUCAACGACAAGCUGAAGGAGAUGUUCCCGGGCUUCCGCCUCUCGCUUCCUCCCAAGCGGUGGUUCAAAGACAACUACGACAGCAACUUCCUCGAAGACAGACAGUUGGGACUAAAGACUUUUUUGCAAAACCUGGUGGCACACAAGGACAUCGCCAACUGUCUGGCAGUGAGAGAGUUUCUGUGUCUGGACGAUCCUCCGGGGCCUUUUGAUAGCCUGGAGGAGAGCAGAGCGUUCUGUGAGACUCUGGAGGAGAGCAACUAUCGCCUUCAAAAGGAGCUGCUCGAGAAGCAGAAAGAGAUCACCUCCCUGAAAAGGAGGUUGCAGGAGAGGGAGAAGGCCAUUCUGCUCCUGGAGAAGCAAAUCAACAGCGAGGGCGUGAGCCCCGAGGCGCUGCGUGCCCUGUCCGCUCCGGGCAGCGACAGCAGUGCAGAUGUGGAGUCGCCCGCUGCCGAGGCGGAUCAGGAUGUGCUGGACGACACUGGAGGCCGAUGCGAGGUCCAACCGGACGGACCCUCUGCCUGCUGGUGCGGUCCGCCGCUCAGCACUUCUCCUCCGGUCGUUGAGGUGGCUCCGCCUUACCACCAGAAGCUGGGACAAAACCAGUAAACACUGGUCGCUCUCUUCUCCUCUUCCUGACAUAUCCUCCUUCCCCCUUUGCCACUAUGUUAAACUGCUAUUUUAUAGCCUCUGUUUGUUUUCCAGGCCUCAUUCCUUCAUCCCACCUAAACUCGCAAUUUCCCCUUGCACUUGACACAUUGUUCCUGCUUUUUCGCCUUUUAAAGGAUCUUAAAGGAUGAAUCUGAAGCAGCAUUUGUCUAAAGAUCAGUGUAUGUGUUAAAAGGGAACCGUUUCUCUACUUCACCCAUCUUCAUCACAACAACUUUAGGACUUCCUGAAGGCUUCAAACCACAAGAUAUGAACUAAUAUCUUGCAUUACAUGGCUGCAUGUAUUCAAACCUCAGGCAAAGUUGUGUGUAGCAGCUGCCAGUCUGAAUCAACUUGAUCCUCUGGUCACGAAACCAAAAAGAAAAAAUAACACACUUUAAGAAAUUCACAGUCAUGACAAUCUUCAGAAAACCUGAAGCAUCGUCUCAUCUGAGUAUUCUGGAUCAUCAGUUGUGACGAGAGGCCCUCCUCUCCAAGCAGCAAAACAAAUGAAAGAAGGAAAAAAAAGCGGUCAGGAUAUCCACGCACCAGGUGGGUGUCACAAAGGAUUCCUUAGCUUUAUGUCAGCACUGCUUUGUACUGCCAUCGACUCACAUUAAGGCUACGGACUGACCUUUAGAUACUUCCCUUGGUUUUCACUGUCAGUUAGCGUCUAAAAACCUUGACUGUGCCAUAGAAGAGUUGUGGUAAACCAGAGUCCUGUGAGAGACCGUACAUGAAAAAUCUGUAAUGUAUUCGGUUGAGAGAAAGCCAAGGAAAUGUGGUCUGUUGUUGCUUUUAGAACAACGUGAUGGACUCUAAAAUGUCAUCCCUCUGACACAAGCAUCCUAAUGCGACCGUUUGAGACGCUGCUUGUCUGUGAGUCCAUGUAUAUUUACAACACUAAACCUCUUCUGUUCAUACUAGACUGCAGUCUGGACUCGUAUCAGUUUCCUCAAAGACAACCUGGAUGUCGUAACGUCAUCGAGGGAUCAGUUCAACCAUUAAACAUCAAUGGUACUGUGGCCAUGCACAUAGUUUCGGUCAUAUCUGCUCAAGAUUUACAAUUGUUUUUAAUUUCUAGAUGUUCUACCUUAAUGUUUAUUACAAAGUUUAAACUGAAGGCUGAGCCGGCUCCAUGUUGGCAGUUCCUGCCUCUAUCUCGAUGCAAUUUAGGUCGAUGGAAUUUUUGUUUUUGGUGCUUAAACUACUGGGGGAUAAAACUCCACAGAUUAUCCACAGACACGACAGUCAUUAGUGUAACCACCGUCUACCAGAGAGCGUAAUCCCUCUUGAUCGGCCCAUCUAAGGGUAACUGUGACCUCGCAUGCACCUUUAGAACCAAAAUCAUCUGCAAUGCUAGAAGGAAUAUUUUGUAUCCUUUUCUUGGGUUGAUAAUCACAAGGAACUAGCAAGACUAUGCUUGAAUUAAAACACAGACGCACACCGCGAGCGGUUACGCCAGCGUGUUGAAAUGGUGUGAUGUUCAUCCCAGUCGGCUGGUCGACAUAAUGUGCGUGUCAGGUGGGGGGAUUUUGGCUCUUUUAUAGCCAAACGGGUGUGGGUGAAAGAAAAGGCUGACCCGGGCAUCACUACCAGCCUGAGAGGUACCCGGCCUACACGUCAUGCCCAAAAGCCAUAUCGUAUCCACUGAGUGGUUUCACCAUUGGCUUUUCACUCAUUGAUGAUGACGGCUUAAUGAGGCACGAACAAACACAGAUCUAUUGAAUCGUCUCUGACUCGACCUGGCAGAAGGUCCUUUGAUGCACUUUAUGGACGAAUGGCAACCCAUAAUGCUUGCUAUGAUUUGGUUGUUACUGCUUCAUUUGUGUGAGACAGAAACGUGCCUCUUCACCCGCUGAAUCUGUGUGGAUUCCCAACUAGAUCUAAUGGGUCAAUAUGAGACAAAUGUAUAUGAGUUUUGUUCAUGUAUUGUUUUUCUGUAAAUUCCCGUCACGCGUAUUUCUAAGUGCCUUGAUCAUUUUUCACACAACUUUUAAUGCGUUUAAAUAGCUUUAUAGGUUUUUUCGGAACAUGAGAUGAUUGUUCCUCUUUUGAAAGACCCUCAUGUGUAUGUUAUUGCUUGGAAUAGACUGACUUGUUUUUGUCAUGUUUCUUGAUUUUAUAUGCAGUCUUAGUUACAUAUAAACCCACCACAGUAGCACUACGAAAGACUAAAAUGAAUAACAUUCUGUGUUGAUAUCCUGGAUUUAAAGGGGGUCCUUCACUGAGAAGUCGGGCCUGAAAUGAAUACUCUGGCCACCAGAAUAUGUUAUAGCAGAGAUGUUUAUUAGGAGAAAUAUAUUAUUUACCCACAAUGAAACACAGAAUGAUUACAUGUAUGUUUUUUUUGUUCUGCUUUUGUCAGUUUCCAUGAAAUCGGUUUGGUAGUUUGUGCUUGGGUGAAAUAAACAGUCAGGUGUGAUAAGUGAUGUGGGCUUAUAGUUACUGCCAGGCCCAUUUUAGAAGGUGACUGUCAAAAAUGUAAUAAAUUCUUGUCACGGAAA